AUGUUCUCCAAUCCUUUGAUUCUCAUCGCCGCCGCCGCAGGGUCACUGGCCUGUGUGAUACCUCCCGGUACGCUUCCUAACAACAUCACGCAAGGAUUCGCGAUCCAGGUUCAGAAUGCGUCUUACCCAAUCAUUCACAACCGCCUUAUGAACCUGUGGGCUGCGGGUGGUGGCGAUCAGCACUUGUAUCUCAGCCCGGCUGGCGCUCCUGCGAGCGACUUGACGCUUGUAAAUGGUGUGAUUACCAAGUUGAGCAAUGGCCAGACUAUUAGGGCUGUGAUUAAUGGCGAGUACACGGCCUUUGACAACACGACCAAGAUGUUCAUGACUGAACGUGGAGACCCACGAGCCAUUUACGACGUCGCAUAUGGAUGUAACCCAGAUACAGACGCUGUGCAGACCGAAUUGGUCUUCAAAGAACGUACUGGUCUCACAGGUGGGCACAUCUGCGUGAGGCUCGCAUCUGGGAACAGGCACGAGUUCCGCUACUCGCCUCCAGGCAAUACGGCGGCCGAUAAUCCAAGCCGUGUAUGCAUUAAGGUGAAGCUAGCUGUGGUGCGUCCAUAG